AUGGACUUCAGUGAAGCACCCUCUGCUCAUCUCUUUGAUGACAUUCUCUGUGACAUGCAGAAUAGGCCAAUUGCUGUCAUUGGAGGACCAACUGCUGCAGUUGGGGCUCAUAUGUCAACCACCCUGUCCCUUUACAAGAUGCCACAGGUCAUAUAUAGUUAUACUCUGGAGAUAAAAGGAAAAAGAGAAGCUGUUUUAUACCAACAGAUGUUUCCAAAUAUCAGCUAUCAGUACAAAGGAAUUCUCUUAUUGCUACUGCACUUUAAAUGGACAUGGAUUGGUAUAAUUUCUGCAAAGAAUGAGAAUAGUGAGAGAUUUGUACAUGAUGUAGUAGCCAUGUUUUCGCAAAGAGGUAUUUGCUUUGAUUUCAUUGAAGGAAUUCCAGCAACAACUUAUUCAAAUAGCAUUUUUGACUUUAUGGAAGAGGGAAUUAAAACAUAUAAGGUGAUUAUGAGAAGCACCACUAAUGUAGUAAUAAUCCAUGGGGAAAUUGAUGACAUGAUUUUUUUCAGAACAUUCCCCAUUAUUUCCAAAACGGAAGGAAUAGAGCUGUGGACAAAAGUUAAAGUCUGGGUGAUGACAGCACAAAUAGAUUUCAUUUCACUUCCCUUCAUAAGAAAUGAGGACAUAGACUUCAUCCACGGUGCCCUCUCUUUUACAAUUCAUUCAAACAAAGUGUCUGGGUUCCGGGAAUUUGUUCAGCUGAGAAAGCCUGUCUUUGACAAAGAGGAUAGCUUUAUCAAGCUCUUCUGGAAAAAUGCAUUUGAAUGUUCAUUCUCCAACUCCAUGAUAGAUGAUGAAAAAGAAGUCAUGUGCACCGGAGAGGAGAAACUGGAGACUCUUUUGACAUCUGUGUUUGAAAUGGACAUGACUGGCCACAGCUAUAGCACCUACAAUGCAGUCUAUGUGGUAGCUCAUGCGUUGCAUGCCAUGCUGUCAUCUGCAUUCCCAUUCAGAACAGAAAACCACAAGCCCCAACUUUCCUUUCUGGAACAACAAUUUUGGAAGUCCCAGCCACUUUCUCUCUGUAAUAGCAAAUGCCAUUCAGGAUAUAGUAAGAACAAAUUGGAAGGGAAGCCAUUUUGCUGCUAUAAUUGUCUUCAGUGUCCAGAAGGGAAAAUUGCCAACCAGGAAGACAUGAAUGAUUGUUUGAAAUGUCAACAAGAUCAGUAUCCAAAUCAGAAUCGGGAUUUAUGUCUCUUCAAAGCAGUAGCUUUCUUGAUGUAUGAAGAAACUUUGGGAAUGGCUUUGACCAGUUUUGUUCUUUUCUUUUCUUUCAUCACAGCUGUAGUACUUUGGAUUUUUAUUAAGCAUCAGGACACUCCCAUCGUCAAAGCCAACAACCGAACUCUCACCUAUAUUCUCCUUAUUGCUCUCAUGUUGUCUUUCCUUUGUUCUUUGCUAUUCAUUGGCCAACCUUCCAAAGUGAUGUGUGUCCUUCGUCAAACUGCCUUUGCCAUUAUCUUCUCAGUGGCCAUUUCUUGUGUUUUGGCUAAAACCAUCAUUGUGGUUAUAGCUUUUCUAUCCACCAAGCCAGGUUCCAAGAUGACCAAAUGGGUAGGGAAAAGACUAGGCUUCUUCAUAGUAUCUUGCUGCUCCUGUAUUGAGGGUAUUAUAUGUACUGCGUGGCUUUCAAUGUCUCCCCCAUUCCCAGAUGUUGAUAUGAGUUCAAUGGCAGAAGAAAUAGUUCUGGAAUGUAAUGAAGGAUCCACCUACAUGUUCUACUGUGUCUUGGGCUACAUGGGCUUCCUUGCCUUUAUUAGCUUCACAGUGGCUUUCUUAGCAAGGAAAUUGCCUGAUGCUUUCAAUGAAGCCAAGUUUAUCACCCUCAGUAUGUUGGCCUUCUGUAGUGUCUGGUUGUCCUUUAUUCCAACAUACUUGAGCACCAAGGGAAAAUAUAUGGUUGCAGUAGAGAUCUUCUCAAUUAUAACUUCCAGUGCUGGUUUAUUGAUUUGUAUCUUUUCCCCUAAAUGCUACAUUCUUAUUUUGAGGCCUGAUCUCAACAAAAAAGAGCAGCUAAGAGUAAAAAACAAUUCAGGGAUAUAA